AAAUUAUGAUGACCCAAAACAAUCAUAAAUGCAGCAGCAAUAUUGCUCUUACCACCCGUGCAUCUCCUUUGCAUUUCUUUCUUUGUCUAUUGCUUAAUCUCUCAAGGCUCAACAACAAGAGGCACUAAGUUUCAAAAAAAAAAAUCAAGAGAUGGAUGUUCCUCGGCCAGCUUUCAAAUGUUUCGAUGAUGAUGGUCGACCUAAGAGAUCAGGGACGGUUUGGACCGCGAGUGCGCAUAUUUUAACCGCUGUAAUUGGAUCUGGUGUUCUAUCGCUGGCAUGGGCCAUAGGUCAACUAGGUUGGAUCGCUGGUCCUGCAGUGAUGUUAUUGUUCUCUUUUGUCACUUACUACUCUACCACUCUUCUCAGUGAUUGCUACAGAACCGGAGAUCCUGUUUCCGGAAAGAGAAACUAUACUUACAUGGAUGCUGUCCAAUCAAUCCUCGGUGGGUUUAGGUUCAAGAUUUGCGGUCUGAUGCAGUUCUUGAAUCUUUUCGGUACCACGAUCGGGUACACUAUCGCAUCAUCUAUAAGCAUGAUGGCUAUCAAGAGAUCCAACUGUUUCCACGAGAGCGGAGGGAAGAACCCAUGUCACAUGUCAAGCAAUCCGUACAUGAUCAUGUUUGGUGUGACUGAGAUCUUGCUCUCUACGAUCAAAGACUUCCACCAGAUUUGGUGGCUUUCCACAGUUGCAGCCAUCAUGUCUUUCACAUACUCUGCAAUCGGUUUAGCUCUCGGUAUCAUUCAAGUUGCAGCAAAUGGAGUCUUCAAGGGAAGUCUCACUGGAAUAAGCAUCGGAGCAGUGACUCAGACACAGAAGAUAUGGAGAACGUUCCAAGCACUCGGAGACAUUGCCUUUGCUUAUUCAUACUCUGUUGUCCUUAUCGAGAUUCAAGACACGGUAAGAUCUCCACCAGCUGAAUCAAAAACGAUGAAGAACGCCACAAGAAUAAGCAUCGCCGUGACGACUACGUUUUACAUGCUGUGUGGUUGCAUGGGCUACGCUGCUUUCGGAGAUGCUGCACCAGGAAACCUCUUAACCGGGUUCGGUUUCUACAACCCGUUUUGGCUCCUCGACGUGGCCAACGCCGCCAUCGUUGUCCACCUCGUAGGAGCUUACCAAGUCUUUGCUCAGCCUAUUUUCGCAUUUGUCGAAAAACAAGCAGCAGCUAGGUUUCCUGACAGUGACUUGGUAACCAAGGAAUUCGAAAUCAGGUUCCCUGGAAUUAGGUCACCGUACAAAGUCAACGUUUUCAGAACAGUUUUCCGGUCUUGUUUUGUGGUUUUGACCACCGUGAUAUCUAUGCUUAUGCCGUUUUUCAACGACGUCGUGGGGAUAUUGGGAGCAUUAGCGUUUUGGCCUUUGACGGUUUAUUUUCCCGUGGAGAUGUAUAUAAAACAGAGGAAAGUUGAGAGGGGGAGUAUGAAGUGGGUUUGUCUGCAGAUGUUGAGCUGUGGUUGUUUGGUGGUUACAGUGGUUGCUGGAGUUGGCUCAGUCGUCGGAGUAAUGCUUGAUCUUAAGGUUUACAAGCCCUUCAAGACUACUUAUUAAACAAAAGGGUACCAUGACCGAUGAUCAUGAAGAAAAGGGAGGAAAGAAACAAACGAUAUACAAUAUUUGAUCGUUGAAACUGAUACAUAUUUCAUUUUGGUGAAAUGUGAAUAAUGUUAAAGCUUCUUUGUUUUCUUAUAAUUUAAUCUUUACGUAAUUCAUUUACAUAUCAUAUGUUGUGAAUUUAUAAUCGACGUGAAGUUUGUUAAUUUUGACUUGUUG